CCGCCCAGCAGCGGAGCCACCGGGGCACGGGAUGCUAGGGCUGCCCCGAGGCCUGUGCCGUUCAGAGCCGCCCGCCGCGGCCCCGGAGUGAAGGGGCAGAAGACCCUCUACCUGGCAGCCCGGAGGGCAGCUGAGAACAGAGUGAGGACGAGGACGCAGGCGAGCCCAGCAGCCAAGUUUCUGAGAAGCCUGGUGACGGGGGCUGCAGCUCCUCCAUGGUGGAAGCCCAGGUCACCUUUCCCCUCCUAGCCCCCCUUGCCCUCUGGACCCUGGGCUGGAUGAGCUUGUUGUUCCUGCUCGCUGGCCUCUGUGCCAUCUGCCACAGGAAAGGUCAGCGGAAGCGGAAGCCAGUGCCGCAGGAAGGGGUGAAACUGGUGGACAUGUCCCUGCUACGACAGAUCCAGCUCCGCUCACUUAGCAAGUCGGACACCAAGCUACAUGAGCUCAACCGGGUACAGAGCAGCAGCAGCAGCAGCAGAGCUGCAGCCUUGCGUCCAAUGAGCGUGGACUUCUUGUACCCCUCGUGGCCAAGAGGACCCCAACCUGUCUCCAAGCUGACCACAGAGGCCCCCCCUGCUUUCUCCCACCAAGAGCUACCCCGGUUCCCUACAGCCGCAGCUCCCCCAGACCUUGACCCUACCUACUCCAACGUGGGGCUGGCCAUUCCUUCCAUGGCCCCUUCGGACUCGCCGAGCGCGGAGAAGAAGCCAGGAGGGGCCAAGGCCCUGGCCGGGGCUGUGUUUGCAGACUACGCCUGUGUCCGAAAGGUGAAGAAGGGGGUGGAAGAGGGGCCUGGUGCCCCGGCCCCUGUCCUCCCUCAGAGAUCCUCGAGCUUGAGAGUCAUCUUCCCGAAGGAGGGAACUGCCCGGGAACCCCAAGUGACCCAGGUGGAGGUCGUGUACUCCAGGGUGAACAAGACUGGCCGGAAGCCCCCAGCUUGCGAUGGAGCUGCGGAGAGCCUGCCCGCAGGCCAGCUGAACCCCAAGGGCAGCAGAGGAACCCCGACCCAACCAGCCACGCCCACCAGGGACCGUGUUUGGAGCCCCGGACCCAACCCUACCUAUGAAACCAUCACUGCUGCCCGAGGCCCGACCCCCGAGGGGCCGGCCCUCCAGAACAGGCUCCCCGAAAACCUGUACGAGAGCAUCAGAGAGAUGAGGGGUCAGGGCCCCAGGAAUCCAGGCUCCCCAGGGCCCCUCGGUGGGGAGGGGUUCUGUGUUACUCAGUUGUAGCCCCUUCCCUGGGGCUCUCCCGUCCCCUCC